AUGACUUCUCAGACAAGGGCACACACAUCUCCGCCUGCUGACGGAUCCCGGACGAUUUCUCUACAAGAUUCGCAGCCACGAUCAGAAGAUGAGCCUGGGGCUGUGGGAACUCUCAGAUUGCGAGGAGAAUCACGCAAAACCCGUCAGCGAGUUGCAUGGGAUGAAGACGUGAUUGACAAUGAAGGAUGCGGAAAGAAAAAGUCAAAGAUCUGCUGUAUAUACCACAAGCCUCGACGGUUUGACGAAUCAUCUGAGGAAGAAUCAUCUGAGUCAGACUCUGAUUCAGACUGUCAGCAUAGUGAUUGCCCACGUCAGAGAAGGAUGCAUCAUUUAGAAGGAAAUGGGCAUAGUGACAGACUUACUACACGUGGGGCCCCUAACGGGGGAGUGAUUCAUGAGGUCGAAGAAGCAGGCUCGAGUGGUAAUGCGUAUGAGCGCACGCCAAAAAAAAAGUAA